AUGAAUUCUAGUGAAAAUGUUGUUACUGAUCAAAAAACAACAUCAUCAACAUCACCCAAUACUACUCAACCAACAACAACAACAUCAAUAACAAAUUCAUCAAGUCAGAGAGCAAACGAAUCUUUUAGAAAAAUGAAAGAAAGAUUAUCUUUGACAUCAGAUGAAAUGGUUGGUGAUUGUGUUGAUGAAGAAGAGGAAGAAUAUUCACUACAAUCGAUGGAACAAAAUAUCAAUAGUUUACAUACAAUAAUUGAUAAAUUAACAACAAUAUUUAAACCACUUUUUAAUGAAACAAGUAAUCAAACUAAUACUUCAUUAACGAUAACAAAAAUUGAACCACAAUUCGGACCACUGCAAAAACAAACACAAGUUACAAUUAACUUUUCAAUACCUUUUGUUGUUCAACAAACAAAUACAACAACAAAUAACAAAACAAAUGUUAUUCCACUAGAUAGAUAUAAAGUAAUUUUUGGUAAAUUCAUAAUAGAACCUCAAAAUAUUCAAUCAAAUACUUUACAAUUUUUAACACCAAGUAUUGAUAAUAAUCAAAAUAGUUAUGAAAUUAAAGUACUAGAUUUAGAAAGUUAUCAAUUCAUUUCAUCAAAUCCUGCAAUUUCAUUCACUUUUUUAACAGAUCCUAAAGAAGAAGCAUUAACAGAUUUAAAUAGAGUAAAGGAUUUAUUUAAUCAAAAAAAGAAUGAACUUUUACACGAGAAGACAUAUUCUAAUGGACAAACAGCAUUACAUGUUGCUUUUAAAUUGGCUCAAUUUGAAAUUGUAAAAUAUUUAGUAUUACAAUCAGAUGAAUUUGAUUGUCUUGUACAACAAGAUGAUAAUGGACAUACACCAUUUGACGUUGCCAUGAACAACAAACAUUAUUUAUUCUUAACAAAAAUUAUUGAUUGGUUGAAACAAGUUGUGAAAAACAAAUUACAAUUCCAACAAAAUCAAUUUUUAAAUAUGCCAUCAAAUAAUAUCAAUAGUGGAGCUUCUCCAAUAAGUGUACCAUCUCUCAAUUUGAGUAACAAUUCAACACCAUUAACAUCAAGUCAAAGUUUUAUUAGUAGUAAUAGUAAUACAUUGGCAUCUCCAAUUGGUGGAAGUUAUUCUGCUAGAGAUUUAAACUCUGUUACAUCAGCAACAUCAUCUGCUCGUAGUUCAUUAGAUAGACAUCGUGGAUCAUUUGAUAAGCGUCGUUCUAGAGAUUUGACAAUUACUACAAGUUUAACUCCAAAGAAAAUCAACUCACCAACUUCAAAUUUUGAUUCAAGUGUUUCUGAAAAUUUUGGCACUCCAAACAAUCACCAAACUUCAGAUGCAACUCCAAAUUCUGCACCUCAUAUUUCAUCUUCAGUUCCUACACAAUCUCCUCUCACAAAUUUCAGAACUACAACUGAUAUUUCUGAUGAUAUUGUUACAAAUGGAAUUAAUUCAAGAAAAUCAAAUCAUAAGCGUGUAUUAACAAAUUUGGGUAGUCAAAAGAAUCAAUCAACUCCUGUGAUGCUCGAUGAUGAAAGUACAGAAGAUGAUUCUGACUCAGCAGCAAUUUAUUCUGCUGUUACCCCUGUAAAAUUACAAGCAACUGUUGAAGAAAGGGAAGAAGAAGCCAUUUCAAAUUUAAUUGUCAAGUAUAGACUGGAUCAAUACAGUGAUAUUUACAAGGAAAUGUUGGAUAGAAAUGAUCCUCUAGUUCAUAAAAUAACUAGAAAGAUUGAAAUGAGAGAUGAUUGGGAUAAUUCUUUCAAAAAGAGAAAGGAAACUAUGCUUGUUCCGCUCACACGUGAAAAAUCCUACUUGGAAGAAGUUCAAUUGGAGAGAAGAGCCAAUCCAUUCAAGCCAAGUAUUUAUUAUGAUGAAGAGGUUGAUGAUGGAUAUACUGAAGGAACCUUGUUGCUUUCUCAAUUCCAUGAAGACAGUUCAAAAUUGUUACCUUACAAUGUUUUGAGUACAAUUCAAACCAUGUCUUCUGAUUUUAUCAUUGUUUCUUUCAAAUCAUUGGAUACUAAAGUUAGAGAUGUAGUUUUUAACGUUGAUGAUUUGAAACAAGUUAGUUAUGAAAUUGAUAUUCUUGAUAGAAAGAAAAUUGAUGAUAAAAGGAAGAAAGCACAAAAGAGUAAUGAAUCACCAACAGCUGCUGAUGAAUUGGACGUUUCUCUAGUUCUUCCAGGUAAGCAAAAAUUACUUGCCAUAGAAGGAUUACAAGAACCAGAGUUCUUGUUGGCUACCUUUGAAGAUGUUUUCCCAUGUGAAGAUCAACAAAAAGUAACUAAUGACGAUACCAAGUUAUUAUACUCUGAUUUUGAAUGGGAACCUUCACACAUUGAUCCAACAAGUCAAUAUCUUUUCGAAUUGAAAGGUUUUGAAUUGGAUGUAAAUAAGAAACUUGAUAUUCCUCUUGAGGAAGCAUACUUUGUAACUGUUUCACUCUAUACUUAUACUGAUAAGGCAUUUAAAAAGAUAUCAGAAGAUGUAGAAUUCAAGAUUGAAACACAUCCAAAAGAAGAAGAUACUAUCACCAAAUUGAAAGCUAUGUUUUCUGUACAAAAGAAUUUUGAAUCCAAAGUUGUUGCCUUGUUUAAAUUUUUUAGAAGAUUCAAAGGUGAAUUGACUGAAACUUUGAACGAUUUGUAUACUCAAAAAGCAGAAAAGGUAAAACAAGGUGAUGUUAAAAAGUACUUUACAAAAAAUGAAAAAUUAUGCACAUUCCCUGGAGUUGCCAGUUCAAUUUCAAUCUUUGGUUGGUCUGCAAUUCAUUUACAAGAUUGUUUGAAGAGGUCAGAGGUUGUUUUAAGUGAUAGUUUGUACAUUCUCCCAAGAAAAUGUAGAACAGGAGAUGCUAUUUUAUUGGAUAGUUAUCUAGAUGUUUAUACUAAUGCAGUUGAACGUGAAUCAAAACCAUUGAUGAAAAAGACUAUCUAUGGUAAAUUGUCAUUCAUAUUCAAAGAAUUACCAAAUAUUCCUCCUAUUCCUCGCCAUUACCACCCAAAUUCUCACGAGUUGGUUAUUAAACUCGAUUCCAAACAUUUGAGAGUACAACAAAUUCCAAACUUGGAAAAUAGUUUAUUGACUAAGAUUUUACCAUUAUCUAGUGAACUUAUUAUUUAUCCAAAGGAAUUGAAUUUAACAAAGAAAGAUUUUAAGAAUAUCACAGUUAAAGUUUCAUUCCUAAAUGAGCAAAAGAAACCAAUGAAUGUAUUUUAUCCAAAGUUUUCCAGAAAUCCUGAAAGAAAUUCUAGAGUUCCUUAUAGAUUUACAUCUGUUUCUGUUGGUAAUAGACAACCAGAAUUUUGUGAUGAGCUGAAGUGUAUUUUACCAUGCAGAAUAACGAAUUAUAGUUUACAAUUUGAAUUCUUAAACGUUCUCCAUAAGGAAAAUUUAAUUUUGAAAAAUCAUCGUGAAGAUGUCCAAAGAAUUGGUUAUGCCAUUGUUCAUUUGGCUGAAGCUGCAUUGAAUGGAACCGAAAUGAAGUUAGAAAUUUACACAGAGAAAAAGGAAGCCAAUGUUGUUAAAACUGAAAAAGUUGAUGGUUACUUUACAUUCCAACUCUAUUCAAGAUCAAUUGCAUUCCCUACUGAUAAUAAUUUAAUGUCAUUCUUUGAUACUUUGGAUUUAUUCCAAAAGAGAAAUUAUUUCAAAAAGAUGAGUAGAAAACGUGAUUCUGAUGAUGACUUUUUCCUAAUUUCUCCUGACCUUUCUCUUGUUUUACCAAAUCUCAAAUUGCUUGGAGUACAACACAUGGCCUUUGCUCCAGUUAUUUUGAAUCAACUUUUCCUAUUGUAUUUUGAUAUUGGUACAGAUGAUGAAGACACUCAACAUGAAAUAUUUGUUGCAAUUAUUGAUAUGAUUGACAAGUAUAGAACAGAACAUCGUACAAUAGUUCCUGGUUGGAUUAAAUUCCAAUUUACAAGUGUUUUCCCUGAUUAUAUGAUGGAGAGAUUGCCAACUAUUGCCAAGUCUGUCAAGUACAUUUUGGAAAGAGAUGAUUAUGACAGUAAGAUUAUUAAGAAUGCCAAUUACUUAUUCUCUAUUUUACUUAAAGCUAUGGUUGUUCAUAUGGACUUUAGAAAGAACAAGAUGCAAAACGCUGAUCAUGAUUUUAGUGAAACUUUCUAUGAAACUAUUAACACAAUUACAACCAAGUCUUUUAGAAAUUUAUUGAAGAGAAAUAUUUCCAAGACUAGACCAGUUACUAUUAUCAAUACUACAGUCAUUUUUGCUCAGUUCUUAAAGGUUUUGCUUACAAUUUUGGACAAACCUUAUGUAAUGAAACUAAUUGCAUCAUUUGUAGAGUUAAUUCCAUUGAUUACUCCAACCGAAUCUGAAAUGGGAAAGAAUAAGAACACCAUAUUGGAAUGUAUUGCUAAUUUGCAAGUAAUCACUUACAAGGAAGUAUUUUCCUACGAUAAUUAUCUUCAAUUAUUUGUUCCAGAAUCUAUUGAAAAAAUUUUACAAAAUGAUAGUCUUCCACCAUUGGAUGAUACCCACUUCUUAUUCUCAUCCUUUGUUGAUACAGUAAUCAAGAAUUUGGUAAAUCCACUCAAGGAAACUAGAAAUCAUACUGCUCUAGUUUUUAGAGAAUUCCUCUACAAGCUCAUGUCUACCUCUAGGAAUUCUACAUUGGAAGAAAUACCAGAAGCAUCCGACAGAAUCAACUUAAUGACCUUUGAGUUUGUUGAUAAAUUCUUGGGCAUUCUUCAAGAUUGGAGAUCUGAAGUUGAAAAGAGUGUAAAUUCCAAUAAGAAAAAGAUGAAUGAAUGUAAAAAGAGAAAGAUUAUGAUUCAACAACAAUUGGCUGCCAAGAAGGAAUCUCAAAGAGCUGCUAGUGAAAGCUCCCUUGCUGGUAUUCAAUUGGAAAUGUUGAACAAGGAAAUUAUUGUUUUGGAAACUAACUUUAAGCAAUUCGAAGGAAUGAUCAACAAAACUAAAGAAGAAUUGAAGAAAGAUAUGAAGGAGUCAUUCAAAGAAAAGAGACAAUUGAUAACUUGUGUUUUCCAUAUUUUGAAGAAUACUGAACAAAGAUAUAUCAAGAAAUGGUUGAAACAAAUUAAUAUUACAAAGAGAUUACAAUUCUUGCAAAUGAUGCAAUUAAUUCUUCAAUCAUUUGAAUAUCAAAGUGAAGCAUAUUACAAGGUUUUCUAUGAACAUUAUUACAAUACUCAAGUGAAAGUCAAGAAUAAGGUUAAUGCUGAUUUGUCUAGUAACAACUCAACUUCAACUGCCACUGUCUCUGCUAAUGCCUCCUCUGCUUCUUCUCUUCUUAGCAAUCCACAAGCACUUCAAGCAUCUACCAAUAUUUCUUCCAUCUCUCAAAGUAAUGAAGCAUUAUCAACAGAUACUCUUGCAGAUAUUGGUACCUAUGUUGCAGGUGAUAUUGAAGAAAUUACUUCUCCAAAAACAGCAACAUCAGAACUUGUUAAAGCUGGUGCUUCAUUGAUGAAGAAGAAGAAUAAGCAAGGAUUUUUCUCAAAGCUCAUUCCUAACUUUGUUAGUUCAGAUCAAAAUCUCAAGACUGAUAUCAAAGAACUUAGAACAUUAUCAAAGGCAAGAUUAUUAGAUUCUGCUGAUAAGACAAAGUCUGUCAAAUUGGAAACUAACUCAUCUAUCUAUGUUAAGAAGUGUGUUAAUAUUGAACAAAAUUGGUCAAGAGAAGUCUCUAACUAUGUUUUUGAAUUAUUAGUGUUCUGUAUUGAGGAAAUUAUGACAGAAAAGACUGAUCAUCACUUGGAUUCUGCAAGUAUUUUGGAAAAUGUUGUCAAGAUUUUCCUUACCUUCUUACGUAUUAAUCAACCAGAAGAUGUAUUGAUCAAUGUUUUGAUCUAUUUGAAAUGCUUCUUUGCUAAUCAUUACAAACAAGUAUUUGACGAGGAAGCAAAUGCUCAAUAUCCAACAUUAUUCUGUGAAUGUUUAAUGAUGCACUGUAAUUCAUCUAUUCCAGAGGUCAGAAGCCAUGCUACUGCCUGUCUCUAUCUUCUUAUCAGAUACAUGUAUAUUAUUAAUUAUAAUACCAUUUUGAAACCACAAGUUUUAACAACACUUGCCCUUUCAAAGACCUUACAAAAAUAUGUUUCUCCAGUUGUUAACAUUACUUAUUUAAAGUCAGCAAUUGAUGCUAUUGGAAGAUAUGCUUAUUUGGACCCUGAUCCACCAAUUUCAGUUCAACAAACAUUGAAUAAUCAAACAACUCAAUCAACAGCUGCAACUGAAACAAAGACCUUGUCAACUCUUGAUUCAUUCUUUAGAAAAAUGGAACAAAGAGUUAAAUUAUUAUCUGCUAUCAAGGAAAGAAAGGAAGAAUCAACAUUUGCAGAAGAAGUCAAUACUCAAGUUUGUAAAAAGUUGCAAUCUUUAUUACACGACACAACAAGUGUUAAAUCAACUCUUGCCCUUGAAGAUAUUCACAAAACUGAAGAUUUAUUCUUGAGAAUUUCACAAGUCUAUACCAGAAUUCCAGAGUUAAGAUUUGUUUGGUUGAAUCAAUUGGCUGCUAAUCAUUACAAGAAUGGUCAAUAUUUGGAAGCAAGUCAAUGUUAUAUGACAAUUUUAUCACUUGUUUUUGAUCAUUUGAAAUCUAUUAAUUCUCCAAUUCUUGCUGGUAUUUCAGUUCAAUCAUUCUUUGCCAUUUCGCCACUCAAGAGAAAGACAAGCGCUGAUAAGUUAACAAGUGCAAAUCCUAACAAUAGAAAUGCAAUGAAUGAUUGCUUUAUUUCAAAUCAAGCAGUUGAAUUUACUGAAUAUGGUAUUAUUCAAUUAUUAUCCAAAGCUGUGGAAUGCUUAGAAUUAGCAGAAUACUUUGAAAGUUGUAUUGUUUUAGAAAGACUUUCACUUCCAUUCUUAGAAAGAUCUAAUGAUUGGAUAAGACUUUCAAAUGCCUAUCAUCAUUUACAAGAUUUAUGUGAUCGUUUGAAGAAACCAGAUCGUUUAGAACCAUACUAUUACAAGAUUGAAUUGGUGAACUUCCCACCAGAAAGAUCUCAACCUAAUCAUAUUUACAAAAUGCCAAAACUUUUCAAAUUAUUCAAGAUGAACAAGUGGGUUCAAGAAAAGUUUGGUUCUCCAUUCGUAAAUGAACAAAUGGAAGUUGUAAGUGGUGCAAAGAAGGUUGAUAUCGAUCCAAACAAACGUUACAUCUUCUUGACUCCUGUUAAACCAUUAACAAAGAGUGUCAAACCAAUAAUUAUUGGAAAUCAAAAGAUUUCUAAAUAUGAAGGAAAUAUCAGAAAGUUCUAUUAUGAAUCAGCUUAUGGGAAAAAGACUGAAGUUGUAACUGAAGCUUACAAGAAGAAAGUUAUUAUUACAUGUAUGGAUUAUUUCCCUAACAUGAAAACACGUCUCCAGAUUGAAUCUGAGGAGGAAGUCAUCUUGACACCAAUUGAAGCUGCCAUUGAAAAUAUUGAAUCUCAAAUUUCCAAACUUAGAGAAGCUCUUCAAAUCCCAGGAGACGAUGAAAUUGAUAUUUCACAAAUCAAGACAGGUAAUAAUAUUGACUUGGCAAAUCUUCAACUUGUUUUACAAGGUUCUAUCAAGGCAACAGUUCAAGGCGGUCCAGCAAGUAUUGUUGAAGGUUUCCUCAAGAUGGAUCAACGUCCACUCUAUGCAGUUGAGCACAUUAUUAACUUGAACAGAAAGUGUCAUGUAUUUUUAAAGUUAUGUGAAGAGGCUGUUAAGGUAGAAAAUCAACUCAUGGAUAAGGCAACUGAAAGAGCUUUCCAUCAAGAAAUGGAAAAGGGUUUAAUCGAAACUCAGCAAUUAUUCGCAGAACAUUUAACACCACUCGAUGAAAUGUUUUAUUCACAAUCUCAAAAUUACAACAAUUAUUCGCCUGAAGAUUCAGAAAUGAAUAGAGGAAGCGUUAUUGGAGACAUUCCAAUGAUUCGUAAUUUUAGAUUCUCAAUGCCACAGCAUGAACUAACACAAUUAGGUAUGAACUAUGAAGAAGAAUCAGAUGAUAGAGAUUUCAUUCAAUAAGUUAAAUAAAUUCAUCAUGAUC